CCCUAUUCCAAAAGAAUGCCUAUUUUUAGAAUCGCGGAGAAAAAUUUAUUCUGAUACCGUAACAUACGCUCGCUGAUCUGCACUUUCUCUAUCUUUAUCCGUAGCUUGGUGGUCGCCAGAUGAUAGCUACCUGAAAUGGUGUCUUCCCGCUGUAAGAAGCGCCUCAUAGCUCUAACGUUCUGCGCUGCAAUUUCGCUACUGUUGCUUUACAAGGUCCAACUGGAGCGAACCGAGUCUGUGACUCUUCUUAAGCGAACGAAGGAUUUUUCUGGGUGAGUCAAAAAGCGCCGUUAUACUAGCGUAACUUCCAUAUUUUCUGAUAAAAUCUCCACUCGUAUAACUCAUAGAUUAUGGCUUUUUCUUCUCCUCUUAAAAGUCGUCUGUUUUGUCGAUCUCUACGGCAAGUAUAUUACAGCUUAACACCAGCACGAAGUUAUUGUAGAGUCUUAUUCCUGUUUAUCCUGCCACGAAAUUUCGUUGGCGCAAAUGGACCUGGAACAAAAGUAUUUUUACCGUCAUUUUAUCUGAAACUCUGUAUCUUUUUCACCAAACUGUUAAAGGAGAAUCUAUUGAUUAAAUGGAUUUUCCCCUCACAUUUUGAAAACGAUCCGAAGUGUUUCAUGUUUAUACAUACUUCCUUCAUCCGGUACGGAAAUCACGAGUUCGCGAUUACACUUGAAACAGCAGUGAACAAAAUUUUUAGCAUCAGAAUAGGUGAUUUAAUUUACAAAUGGAUUAUUCAAAUCCGGUGGAGCUCCGAAAAAUUAUUUCAAAAGCUUUUAGCACUGACAGAUAUUAUCCGGCGACUGAUCAGAGAUUGUAACUUAAGAAGCAUCUGUUCGGGCGAGUCAGGGAAAACACAACAACCAUUUUUUUUUUCUGCGUGGGAACUAGAUGGCAGCUGCUAAGAACACAGGCGGCCCAAGCUCACGUCUCGAGAAAAUCAUGAAAUCGUCACGCGUUGUGUGACUCGGUGUUAAGUUACGAGAGGAACCAUUGAAAAUUUGAACACGUUAUAAGGUAUAGUAUGGGGAACGAAAUAUGGUCGAUUUACAACGAUUAAUAUUUCGAAAUAUGAACAUUUUAAAACGUAAAAUCAAUAACACUUACUCACGUCCUGUGUCAAAAGACGGAAGCCAUCGACAGGAAUAGCUUCGUUCCUCGUAUAAUAGUGGUGGUUACACACACCUUGGGUUUGGGGCCUCACCGAGGGUAAAUGGCUUGGGUUUGGUUAAGCUCAGGUUUCAUGUUACCCUUGGGGAUGCGGUUACACAGUAAAGACUCCCUUCAGGGUCAAAUAUAAUUAGAUAUUAGUUCACUGACCUGACAAAUUGCGGGAGAUCUAUUAAGCUUAAUUUCAGUGAUUCUCCUGCUUAUUAUACGACAGUCCUCCAUGAAUAUAACAGUCCAGCAGUUUUUUGCGAGAAGGCACCGAAGAAGGCGUGAAAUUAGCCAAGCGCAUUAGAGGUCACCUCAAAACACUGCAGGCGAUUUCCUGUAUUAGCUACAUUCUGCUUUAUGAUUGGCUAAGCUACCUCAGGGAGCAGAUAAACCGUUUUUUACAGUUCAGGAACUGUCAUGCGAAAUUCUUUUGUUCUUUUUGAUGUAUCCAAGGAAAUAACCCUGGGGCAGUUUCGGUCUAGGGAAAGCGGUUACACACAAAAACGUCCUUGCCCGUGGGCAAACGCUACUUACCCAUGGGUAAAAGGGCUAGUGUAACCACGACUAAUAUAUAACGUAUUCGAAUUUUCAACGGUUCCUCUCCCGGUAACCAAGUCACACAACGCGUGACGAUUUCAUGAAUCAAUCGCUGACUUUUUCUUGAGACGUGAGCCUGGGCCAACUGUGUUGAGAAGGAAGGUUUCCAACAGUGUACACAGGCGCUGCCAUGUUGAUAACUCGUAUAAUUUGCCUCAUCCAUCGUUAAAGAACCAAAUGAUCUUAUAAAUCUGGCAUGUUACAAAGUUCCUAACCAUAUUUUCGUGAUCUUGCUUUUCCCGAAAGAUUUGCAGGAGCUGCUCGCGCUUCGUUCACUUGUCCUCUCUGGAGGGUAGCAAAGACAGGUCCUGAUCCCGUUACUUGUAAAAAGUUUAGAAAAAUUCAUGCGUCACACAUUUAAAUGGGAGAACCUCAAAUCAAUCCUCUUGUUGAAAGGGGUUCGGGUAACUCGCGUAUCUUUCAAGAGGGAAAAGCACGCCUCACGCUGUUUUAUAAAUUCACGAAGCACGCUCGCCUUUCUUUAAAUUUUACGCGUCACGUAUUAACCUUUGGCCACCCUCUCUCUGAAGCAAACUACGGUCGAAUCUGUAUUAGGUGGCGCCGUUUUGCAGUCACCCCGCAGUCAGCGGUCACCCAGCAUUCAGCGGUUGUUUCAUGUUUAAAGUCCCGAAAUUUACUCCUUUUUCAACUGUGUUUGUAUUGUUCUCCACCAGCGUUGAACGGUCACAUAAGCGCUACCACUCAAAUAAAACUUAGCAUGACCUUUAAAUUAAAAUUAAAUCCGAAAAUCAAUGUUAGCAGUAUUUUUGAGUGAGUUUUUGUAAAUUAAGUGCCUGGUCAUUCAUGACAAAACAUGGCAAAACAUACUCCUACUCUGUGGAACCUGUGUUAACUCUUGCACUCCCAGAUCAAAUUUGUAAUUCUCCUUACUGUCAACUUUACAAUUCUUAUAAUGUUAGUUCAGAGAAUUUACUAUUGGAUCAACUAGUUAUCCCCAAAUUGAUAUUUUUCUUUAUUUUCAUCUCUUAUCUUGUUGACAUUGCAUUGAUAUUAUAAGGAGAAAUUCUGUCUUGGUCAGUCAUGGGAGUUAAAGGGUGGGUGACUGCUUAAUACAGGUUCGACUGUAUUCUCCUCUUGAUCUCUGUCUAUAAUGUUGUUGCAUUUCGUGAAACCUAUACGACAGUCACUAUAACAAUCGGAAAACCGUAAAUUCUUUGAUUUGAUUCUGACGGGUCGAUCAAAAAAAAUAACAAAGAGUGACUUGGAGGAACAUGUAAAAGUGAAAGGUUAAGGGCUGGCGGCGGAAAGCGUGACACAUAACACACAGCAUUUUUCCUUCCUUCGCUUGCUCUAGCAACGCCUUUUUUUCUGGCUUUGUUUGUCUUGCGGCGGCGAAAAAACAUUUUAUUCAGAACAAUCAUUUUAUUUUCUAUUUUUUGUCGAUUCUUUUUUCAGUGUCAUUCCUGAGAGAGACAAAUCUUUCACCACGAGGGAAACACACGAAGACAAAAGAAAAGACAAAACAGGAGACGAUGACUUGUUUGGUGACGACGAUAAUGACACGGAUGAGGAGCUUAAAACAAUUCCAUUUGAAGCUGUAACCGACCCUCCGCGAAAGAUCCACAGGGGACUGGAAGCAAAUGAUGAAGUUGAGGACACGUUAGACUGGCUAAAUGAACAUGGGGUUAAUCGCCCAUCCGACACCACUGAAGAGGAGGUACCGCUGGAAAAGCAGGUUCCUGAUCCUGACAUGUUACCGACUACAGCCAAGCCACUUACAAGAAGCAAAAAUGGCAACACGUCUACUGUAAGUAACCUUGUCAAAUCGAGAACAUCUGAAACUGAGACAAACAAAAGUCAUUCCUCUCUUUUGUUCACGUUACCGAGGUCAACCCAAUCACUGAAACCAGAGAAAGUUAAAACUCGAAGCGAACAUCGGAACUCGUCUACAAAGGUUGACGAUGAGGAAUUAGCGACCACAAGUAAUUCGGCAAAUCAAUCCUCGGAUAUUACUACAACACCGAGGUCAACACAACCUUCAAAAUCUGAACGCGACGAGAAUCUUGAAACUGAGUUGAACUCUACGUUAGUAAGCGUUUUGUUUACUAAUGCUACCUCAGGAACGCAGCAAGACCACUCUAGCCUUCCUUCCACUCCAUAUACAACACCAAGCUCCACAGGCGCACCAACACCUGUAUACACCCCAACUCCGGAUCUGAAUUCUUGUAAACUGCCAGAACUUGACCCAUGGGACCUCUCCAUUAGACAUCUGUUGAGAGAUGUCGGUAACGACCCCGUCUGUGGAAAUGGAUACCCUGUAUCUGCAUUUGACAUCGUUGGCAACAGACUGGUCCUCUCGGGGGAGGUGGAUGGUAGUUCCAUCGAUUUCAGUCACGUAAACGUGGAGACAAUUCAUCGCAAUCAGGGUGAUGACGGUAACGUGCAUUACGAGGAUCAAGGGAAUCCUUUCAAAUCUUCAACACAGGAAUACCAACCUUCCCGCAAGAUAAACGCUUCGGAUUUUUUGAUUCUCGACUACAGACUUAAAAGUAGAAAAGAAGUUGCAACUUACUUCGCGCGAGCUGUUCCGCAACAAGAUGUCAUCGAAAAUUCGAAACUGAUUAGAGAAAAGCUCAAUGGACAAGGAGAAAAUGAAGGGUUAGACUUAAAUGUUUUAUUGCUUGGAAUUGAUUCUGUUUCUGCUGCAAACUUCCGCCGAAAGAUGCCGAAAACGAUAAACUAUCUUAAGACGGCGCUGAAGACGUACUUCAUGUCCGGUCAAACUGUAAUUGGUGAUGCUACAACACCCGCACUUACCGCCAUUUUGACAGGCCUGUACGAGACAGAACCGCCCGAGGGCCGUCAAGGGUAUCACAAUGGCGCCCCCAUUGAUAACUGGCCCUGGAUUAUGAAACUGUACAAGGAGCGUGGAUACGUUACAUUGAUGUCUGAAGAUGACCCUACCAUGGGUGCAUUCAAUCUAAGGCUCAUGGGCUUUAGGGACCCUCCUGCUCAUCACUAUAUGAGGCCGUUUUGGCUGGCACUGGAAGAAAAGGGCGAGCGAGACGAACCAGGAUUAUGCUCGCGUUCGACAUUUAUGGUUAAUUAUACCCUAGACUAUAUCCUCAGCUACUUUGCAGCGUAUCCAGACACCCCAAAAUUUACCUACGCUUUCAUGUCGUACCUGACUCACGCGCAUCCCAAUCAUCUAAGUUACGCUGACAACGACAUCUUGCGAUUGCUCCACACUUUUGUCGAACGCAAUUACCACAACAACACUAUGAUUAUACUAUUUGGAGAUCACGGCUCGCGAAAUGACGACGUCCGAAAUACUAUGCAGGGUAAACUGGAGGAAAGGUUACCUUGGCUCUCUAUCUCGGUUCCUGAUUGGCUUAUAAGGAAAUUCCCGCAUAUAGGGUUGGCCUUGGAACAUAAUCAACACAUAAUAACAUCACCGUUUGACAUGCAUGCCACGUUACGUCACAUCUUAACAUACCCUAAAGAGCCUCAUGGAGAGAAGACACAGAGCUUGUUCACGCAAUUACCACAUACAAGGACUUGCAGUGAUGCAGGUAAGAAAGAGUUUACAUUUAAAAUUAAAUUUCGGUGCUUUUGGUUUCUAAGAUUUCUCCUGUACUGGAUGUCCUUUGUCGAGUUUCCUCGCGCAGGAAAGUCAGCGUGCCCUGAGAAUUUGACGUUCUCCACUUAUAGUUUUGACUAAAGAUUUAACAUCAAAGAAAGGUUUCUCUAUCGCUCCAUACCAGCCCGCUGGUGCACUUUGGUCGGUCAAGAAUAACGUGCUGACAAUGAUUUACAAUCUUAAGUCAAACAAAAAAAUCCGCCAAGUCUACAGAACGCAAAUAUUUUCCUCAAGAUUCUCUUAUCCAUCUAGAAUACAUUAUGAGCUUCUUUGUCAACCAAGGAUCUGUUCCGAAUCUUUUUCGCCAUGGCGCCAUGUCGUACAGUUCAGAUUAUUUUCAAGUGCUUGUGUGCAUAUUUUUUUUAAAAAACACUCAAAAAAUUCAAACUAACUUUUAUUUUCAUAAUUGCCGUCUUCCAACACUAACUUUACCCUUUAACUCCCAAGAUCUGAUGGUUAAUUCUCCCCACCAGCUGCAACACAUUUCCUAGUCACGUGAAUUUGGUGGAAACAGAACAACAACUCUUACCUGAUAUGUUUGAGUUUUCUCAUUACCUGUUUGCUGAAUAAUAAAUGGACAUUAUCUUGGAAAGUUACAUUUUAAUCAAUUCAGGGAGUUAAUUUUUUUUCAACUGAAGACUGACAACAUUUCCUUUUUUUGCUUUUUUGUUUGUUUGCUUUUCUCAACAAGGAGUCGACGAUCACUGGUGCCCAUGCCUGGAGUUUACUGAGGUAAACGCAAGCAGUAAGGAUGUGAUUGGUGGAGCAGAAAUGGCUGUCAAAUACAUUAAUGACGUCAUCCUAAGUAGAACAGAGCUACUAAGAGGGUCUUGCGCUAAGGUCCAGCUCAAAAAGAUUUUAAAAGCUGUUCGCUACAGACCAAACGACAAACUGCGGAGAUUUAGUAGCACCAAUCAAGAUUCAGAUCGUGCCGUGAAUUUCGGCGAACCAACUCCAGACAGUAGUCACUACAGAAUUAAUUUUAUGACAACCCCUGGUGACGCAUUAUUUGAAGCAUCAGUGGCCGUGAGAGAUGAUCACAAAGUCAAAGUGAACCCGUUUAUAAGUCGGACAAAUGUUUAUGGAAAUCAGCCCAGCUGUAUUUCACGUAAAGAACCUUACGCUAGAAAAUUCUGCUACUGCAAGGACAUGAAAGCUCCAGUUUGAUUUAUUUCCCAGAGCACUAUAUUAGUAAUGUUGCGCAAAAAGUUGAGUGAGGUGCGACGUAAGUUUGGCGACCACGUUUUAGUGUAAAGUCGUUUUGUUGUCACGGGCAAGUGGCUCCGUUUCCAGUGGCACCAUAUCAUUUGACCUCUUUAGGGGAGGGUUGCCCGUGGCAACACCGUUUUUCACUGUUUAAACACGAUACAAAAGUUUUUUCCGCGCCUAACUUAACCGAACACCGUGGUAUAUCUAAUGAAUCGACGGCUUUGUCCAGCCCCAUUCGGACGUAUCUCAAAUAGUUACGAUCGAUUUUUGUAACAAAACCAUCAAACUCGCAACUUAGCGACUAGCAUCGAAUUACGCGAAGUUUUGAAAGAGAAAAACGCGUACGCCUCCCUGAAGCAUUCGCUCAGUUAUCAGAGCCUCGAAUUCACAACUACACGGACGUACGUAAGUACCUCGGUGUGGAGGUGGUAACAUUAUCCAAUUGGAUUGAUUUAGAUGUUAUGCCAGCGAAUUGAGAACAACUGAACUUAUCAAGUGAAGAUUCAAAUUCUCCCUUCAUAGCAUUUAGGGAACACUGAUGCCAGCAAGGAGAGUCAAUGGAUGCUGUGCAAAAUAGAAAUGUUAAAUUAUUAGACUAAAAAAAGAAUAGCUAGUGAUGCAUAGAAACUAUUUAAUUAUGGGACAUUAAUUUAUUUUGAAAUCAAUAUAAACGAAAUUUUUGGUAACCAAAGACUUUUCAUAGAUUUUCUUUCUUUAUUGGAGGUUGGUUGAAUUAUUUGGCAUAUGACCAGGUGCCAAUUGGGUGAAAAAUAGGAGGUUAGAGUUAGCAAAACGAAAUAUUAAAAAUAUAGAUAUUUAUUUUAUUUCUCAUAUUAUAAAAAAUACUACAAGAAUCAUAUACCAGAUGGCUAUUGAAAAAGAGUAGGUUUAUUCAAAUUGAUAAGUACCUUCUUGAUAAUUAUAUAU